AUGCCUCUACCAGGAUGUUUUUCGAAUGCAGUCGAACCGAUGCAGGUGGAUGUGCAGCCGGAAGAUAAUGAAAACAAUGAGGAGGAUAUGUACGUGGUCGAAAACCCAUCGAUAGAUUUGGAACAGCUCGCCAACCAGUACACGGGUUUGGCCAAACUGCACCGGCUCAUCUAUGUCGCGGAUCACUGCCCGACGCUGCGCCUGGAAGCGCUCCGGAUGGCGAUCAACUACAUUACGACCACGUACAAUGUGACGCUGUAUCAGCAUUUGCACAAGAAACUGGCCGACAAUGUGAGCAAUCAGUUUCUGCCCGACGUUGCCUCCCAGUCGACCGGUUCGCAAGAGAUACCGUCCUUCGAUGCGACCUGGGUUGAGUCGAAGAGCAAAAAGUCCGCACUGAAGCUGGAGAAGCUAGACUGCGAUCUGAAGAACUACAAAGCUAAUUCAAUCAAGGAGAGUAUCCGGCGAGGUCAUGACGAUCUCGGCGAUCACUACCUAAACUGUGGCGAUCUAUCGAAUGCGCUCAAGUGCUACUCUCGGGCUCGUGACUAUUGUACUAGCGGCAAGCAUGUAGUGAACAUGUGCCUAAACGUCAUCAAAGUGUCGAUCUACCUACAGAACUGGUCCCACGUGCUGAGCUACGUUUCAAAAGCGGAAGGCACUACCGAGAUCGCGGAAACGUCCAAGGAUAAGGAUCCGAACCAGGUUGUGAUUACACGACUCAAGUGUGCGGCCGGGUUGGCUGAGCUGGCGACACGCAAGUACAAGUCCGCGGCCAAACACUUUCUGCAGGCAAACUUUGACCACUGCGAGUUCCCGGAAAUGAUAUCGACGAACAAUGUGGCCAUGUACGGGGGGCUGUGUGCGUUAGCCACAUUCGAUCGGCAGGAGCUUAAGCAGGUGAUUGCGAGUAGCUCGUUUAAGCUGUUUCUCGAGCUGGAACCACAGUUGCGCGAUAUCAUCUUUAAGUUCUACGAGUCAAAGUAUGACUCGUGUUUGAAGCUGCUGGACGAGAUUAAGGAUAAUCUGCUGCUGGACAUGUACAUUGCACCGCACGUUAAUGCACUUUACACGCAGAUCCGUAACCGGGCGCUGGUACAAUACUUUAGCCCGUACAUGUCCGCGGACAUGCGCAAAAUGGCCACCGCGUUCAAUAGAUCGGUGGCCGCGCUCGAGAAUGAAAUCAUGCAGCUUAUUCUUGAGGGACAGAUACAGGCGCGCAUCGAUUCGCACAACAAAAUCCUUUACGCGAAGGAUGCCGACCAUCGAAGUGCCACAUUCGAGAAGGCAAUCAAUGUGGGAAAGGAAUUUCAGCGGCGUACGAGAAUGUUCAUCCUCCGGGCGGCCAUCCUUAGGCGCCACAUUCAUGUGAAGAACCAGCCACGCGAAAGCAGUAAUCAUGCGACGGAAAUUUGCGUUCCGGCGAGUGGAUCGUCCAGCGGUACUCUGGCGCGCAAUUGA